GGGCUUAUCACCGCCUCCCUUUUGUGUCCAAUCCCCCUUCCUCCCUCAUUGCACCAUCCCAUAGUUUGUCCCACCUGCCAACACUCCCUCCAAUAACAAGAGAUAGCCAUGGCAACCACUCUGGCCGGUGUAAGCCUCUCCACCCCAAAGGUUGCCUCCAAGAAGGCAGAGCUCCCCAAGCUACAACCACUCCAUGGGAGAAUCCUCCCAUGGGCCGCUGGCCACCGGACACCGAUGGGCCGCCGCGUGGUGCUUGUGGCGAGCUCACCGACCCCUCCACGCAUAUCGGAGAAGGUGUCGGAGAGCAUAAAGAAGGCGGAGGAGGCAUGCGAAGACGAUGCGGCGAGCGGCGAGUGCGCAGCAGCAUGGGACGAAGUGGAGGAGCUCAGCGCGGCGGCGAGCCAUGCACGCGACAAGCUCAAGGACUCCGACCCGCUGGAGAGUUACUGCAAGGACAACCCCGAGACCGAAGAGUGCCGCACCUACGAGGACUGAAGGCCACGCAAGGAAGAAGAAAUAAGCAUCCCUUAGUAUAGUAAAGAAGAAGAAAGUGGGGUUGGUGCCUUGCUUGAGGGUGGCUAGGGUGCAUGUAAUCUUUAAUUGGUGGCUUUGCAUGGAGGGUUGAACAGUUUCUUACCUAUGAAAAUUUUCAUGUUUUACGUGCUCUGUUAUUACAGUAUAGCAUGGCAUCAUAGCAUGGUCAAUGAUUGAUUGAUGAUGGUGAUCGUGGUAGAUUUCUACUUGGUGAAUCAUGCUAUAUUUAGUGAAUACUAUGUUGUAUUUUAUUGCACACUGUUGACAGAUACUUUUGCGU